UGCGUGGCCGCGGCGGGUCGCGGGCGCCGCGCGGGUUCGCUGCGGGGCCGGUGGGGAGCAGCCUCCCGCAGGUGCCUCGGCGGCGGUCCGGUGUCAUUUCCUCUCCGCUCUGCGCUGGGCCCCGCCGCGGGGGAGGCGGGAGGUUGCGGCCAUGGAGGAGCAGGGGGCAGCGUGUGUUGAAGGAGAGCAAGUUCAUCUGGAGGUGGAGGAGGGAAGAGGAAUGGAUAUGGGUAACCAACACCCAUCCAUAAAACGGUUACACGAAAUACAGAAAGAAGUUAGAGAGAUUGAACAGCAAGUGGCUCUCUUCAGCGGUCUGUCUACCGACCGAGAUUACAAGAAAUUGGAAAGAACCCUUACGAAACAGCUUUUUGAAAUAGAUUCUGUAGACACCGAAGGCAAGGGGGACAUCCAGCAAGCCAGAAAGCGAGCUGCCCAGGAAACGGAGAGGCUGCUGAAGGAACUGGAACAAAAUGCAAACCAUCCACGCAGACUGGAAAUAGAGGCUUUAUUCAAGGAGGCACAAUCACUUGUGGAACGUGAGAUCACGCCUUUUUACAAAGGAGGAAACUGUAUCAGUGAUGAAUUUGAAGACGGAAUUCAGGACAUUGUGUUGAGGCUUACCCAGGUGAAAACAGGAGGGAAAGUUUCUCUACGCAAAGCAAGGUACCGCACUCUGACAAAGAUAUGUGCUGUCCAGGAGAUUAUAGAGAGUGGUGUAAAGCAACAGCUGUCCCUGCCACUCUCUAAUGAUGCACAUCCUUCUGUCUCCAAAAUUAACUCUGUAAUGUGUGAUGUGAACAAAGCCAGAGGAACUCUCAUUGCGCUUCUCAUGGGAGUGAGUAGUAAUGACACCUGCAGGCAUCUGUCCUGUGUGCUCACAGGCCUCAUUGCUGAUUUGGAUGCUUUAGAUGUCUGCGGUCACACGGAAAUAAGAAAUUACAGAAAGGAAGUAGUAGAAGAAAUCAAUAAAUUGCAGAGAUACCUGGACUUGGAUGAAGAAGCAAAUUCUACACAUGCUUAUGAUUUGGCACAGAAUCAGUCCAUUCUAAAAAUUGAAGAGAUCCGUAAGAAGAUGAAGGAAAUUAAUUCCUUACUUUUAAAAACAGAGAAUGCUUCUGAUUUGUAUCUGGGAUCCAAAGCAGAGUUACAGGGACUAAUUGCCCACCUAGAUGAAGUGAGUGCAGGAAAAAAUCCCUGUAUUAGAGAGGCCAGGAGAAGAGCAGUAAUUGAAGUUCAGACUCUUAUAACAUAUAUUGAUUUGAAGGAAGCACUGGAAAAAAGGCAAAUGUUUUCAGAGCAAACUGCUGCUGAACAUCAGUCUUAUAAAUCAAUUUGGACUGUACUUGGAAACUUGUCUCAAAUUCAGCAAGAGGUGAUUUCAUUUGAUGGAAACAGAACAGAUAAAAAUUACAUGAGACUGGAAGAACUUCUUACAAAACAACUUCUAGCCCUGGAUGCUGUUGAUCCACAAGGUGAUGAGCGGUGUAAGGCUGCCAGGAAGCAGGCAGUAAAGCUGGCACAGAAUAUUCUUUACUAUCUGGACAUGAAAACAGAUGAAUGGGAAUACUGAAACAACCAUGGCCUGACACAGAAGAACAUUCUUCCCUUCAGCACUUUAUGAAGAUCAUUGGCAGCACAUAAUAAAGUGUUCUGUGCUUGCUGAAAUCAUGGAGAUUGCAUAAGCAGUUGACUUGGCUAUAUGUCUGCUAUCCCACGCAGUCACCCACUUACCAUGGCAACUGUCAGUACACCAUCAGCAAUUCUGGUCACUGCUAUAAGCAAAGAAGUGCAAUUCUCUGAAGGAAUAGCUUAAUACUUGAUCAAAUAGCUUCCUUUUUUUCUUUCUUUUUUUUUUUUCUUUUUUUUUUCUUUCUUGUUUUGGUUUCAGUAGCCUUUUGAAAUGUUCAGCGAAUGCAGGUUUUUCUAAGAUACAGAAACUUCCUUAUGGUAUAGUACUGGCAAAACUAUUCAGGAGACUGGACAUGAAAAUUAGUAUUCAGGCAGGAAGCUGCAUCCAGCAACUUCACAGCAGUCUGGAUGUACUGUUAAUGUGCUGUUAUGACAUAAAGUACUAAGGGCAAAAAGCCUGCUGGCUUUUGGAUUGUACUUGAUUUAUUCCAUCCAUCAUACCAUCUAGAUUUCUCAGUUAAUGGAGCUAUAGUGCCAGCUGAAAAUUAGCAUUUACAUAGGCAAAGCCAAUUAUGUCAAUUUUUUUAAUACCUGAGCCCUUUGAUUUGCAAAACCAGGUCUUUUGUUGGUGGAAAUUCUUUCAAGUUACUGCUUUAAGGUACUGAGACUUGGAGAGGAAAAUCUGUCCUAUACCUAACAGAUAAAGGGGAUUUAGAGGAUUUUAAACUGCCAUUCAUAAACCCUUGAAAACUGCAUUGAACUUUAUUUAGUGGCUGCUUAGGUGUCUUUUUAAACUCUGCUGUUGCAUCUGGAUAUCACAUUUGGCAAAAACAGAAACAGAGUUCACUUUGAAGUGAAAUACGCAUUUUGGAAUUAUUUUUGUAAAAUUAGGUAGCCAGCUAUAAAGAUGUCCCUAAUGAUGUUAGUGCGUGCUACAUGGUCAGGUGUGGCUUCAAGCAUGUCUUGGAAAGACUUGUGGCAAAUGUCUCUCAUUGCAACUCAUUCACUUGAUUUAGUAGCUUCAUAAAUUAGCUGGUUUUACUGUUUUGUGCACCUACCAUUUUAUUUGUGGCUGCUAGUGCCAUUCACAUUUCUACUAUAGCAUGUUUUUUGGCAUUUUUGAGAGCAUGGCAUUAAAAUGAUUUAAGUAUAUGUAGAUAUAUAUAAAGAAUAUAGAUAUAUAUAUAAAGAUAUAUUCAAUUAUGGAUAAUUUGCACUCAGCUUUUUCAGGAUGAACUAAUGAAUUAUUGUUCUAUAGGUGAUGAUUUGCACCACUUUAAGGAGUAAAAACCAUUUCGGAUGUUACAAUAAAUAUUUUUAAGAUCUAUUUUUGACUGAUUAGAGAAGACAGUACUGUCUGUGAGAGACAAGUGCCUUUAUGACACUGCUAACUUGCACCCUCAUAUGUAGAUAUAGGAACUAUUUACUGGCAGCUUGAUAUAUUUGUAAUCUUUGCAAACUGGAUUUUUCAGGUAUAUAUCUAAUUUUACUGGAGUAUAUGUCAAGCUAAUAUAAUACAAUAGGUGACAGUUGUCCUAUAGAGUCCUGAGAAUGAGUAUCAAAUUUGGGAAAUACAUAUUCUGCUUAAAAACUAGAGCAUUGGUGUGGAGGUGGGGGGACUUUGGGCAGGUCUUCUGUGCCUAUUGCUACAAGAAUAAUAUGUUUGUUCAUAACCUACUGUGAGAUGUUGAUUGAAGGCUGCAUACCUUCAGAGUGUGAAUAGAUUUUGUUUGUGAUUGUACAGGUGAUUGCUUUGCAAAUCUGCUUGCCAAAACCUACAUAAUUGAGUACAGUGCCUAAGGCACAAUUUGGCAAUGACAGAAUGUUUCUUGGAGGAUUCUUCCUGCUCCUUCAGAGACACAACCCCAUUGAAUUUAACUCUCCUUCACUAAAAAAAUAAAUAUUCCCCUAAUUAAAAUUUCAAUCUCUAUUUGAAUAUUAUGUGGCUAACACAGAAUAUUAAUAUUGUUACAUGCAGGUGUUCAUACACCUGAAUUAUUUUACUCAUUUCAAGCUCUCUAUACGUUUGAAUUGCAACUUGUGAUUUGCACUUACAUGUUUAGGAAAGAUAAGGAAUUGAUAUUGUAAUGAUAUUAAUAAUUUUUCUUUAGUAUUACUGUCAGGUCUGCAGUGGUUACUUGUAGUUUGUUUUAAACAAUUUAGUGUCUGUAUUCUCUGGCAGAUACAUGUAGUUUUACAAGUGUUUGAGCCUCUUAUGUAAAAAUGAGUAAGUAUAGUUAUCAGAGCUGUUCUAUUAUAAAUGUGUCUUUUAGGUUUUCCUGAAUGAAUUGUUAUGCCUGCAUCUCUAAGAAUGCAAAUCUGUAAGGUUAGUGUAAUUUGGCUGAGUAGAGUCCAGUAGCAAGAUAUUAUGUGGAUUAAGCUUUUUUCCUUUGUUCUGUACUCUGAUAAAUUGACUAUUUAAAUUUUAUGGUAAAAUCCUCAUCUGGAAUGGGAUUAAUUCACAGUUGUUGCAUGAAUGAAAAUAAUAAAACAUAUGUGCUUAACAAAAAAAAAAAAAACAAA